UUGAUUGAUAAUAAAGCUUUUCAACAACAAAAUGGACUGAAUGUUAUCUUUGAACAUAUCCGUCUUUAUAUGUUUACGGUAAACGAUGUAAAUAACCGGUCAUGAUAUCACGAUUGCAGUUAAGCUUGGACUAGCUUGGACUAUACGUGGAUGCGUAAAGUUAGGAGUAGCUGGUUUACAUAUGUAAAAAUUUGUUACAUAUAGAAGGCACAUGAAGAGGACCUUUAUAUGUGAUGUUAUCAAAUACAAGCAAUUAGUGAGAUAACCCAGGAACGGAUAUAAAAAUGAAUCAUCUGUUCACGGGCAUUGCUUUGCUCAGUUUGACGAAUGUCGCCCGGACACAGGCAACCAGUUCACUUGACAGCACUACGUCGACCAUCACUACCCCUACUACGACGAGUUCAACCACAACUUUCACCAGCUCGACCACUACUGAUUUUACCUCUAGUGUAAACGAUGAAGUGACAACGUACACUGCUGAAAAAGAAUCGAAACCCACAUCGCGCGACAAAAAUGAGACAGAAUCGCAAUCGCCGACACAAACCGAUUCUACGACGACCUCGACAGCAUAUGUUGUUUCGACAUCCACCCCUUCCACGACGAGUUCAAGCGCAACCUCUACCAGCUCGACCACUAUUGAUUUCAACACGAGUGUAAAAGAUACAGUGACCACAACCACUGACGUAGUUGUGACAGACGCGCCAUCGUCGAUACAAACCGUAUCUACAACGACCUUGACAACCACCAGGCCAAUCUUGAUUGAUGUUGCAAACGCCCCGACGCAGCGUGAAUCACUACCUUCAUCCACUGCAAAUUCUGACACAGACAGUAAUAGUUACACUAGCACAUUAAAGAGCAUUACUUCCACAAUAUCGCCGACAAAAACGGCAAUUAUGAAUGUAACAGACAAUGGAAUGAAUAAUACGAAUUUGACCGCUUCUAGCCAAACAUAUGAAACCCAGACAAUUCAUACCACUUCACCUGGACUUGAUGAAAUCAAUGAAACGGAAGUUAAUGGUAAAACUUUGGACUAUGAUGUACAUGAAAAUGUCGUGCAAUCUGGGACAAAAUCGGUUACACAAUCAACGGAAAGUACGACUACAUCUACUAAUACUGACACAUUUUGGCCUUGGAAAACGACACGUAAAACUACUCACCGGUCUAAUGGGUCAACAACAUCAGAUUCCUCGUCGAUAACUUCGACCUCUGAUCAAACCACAACGACCACAAUGUCAUAUAAUGAAUACGAAAGCGGAACACCACCUGCAAGCAACGAUGCCGAAGACAAAACGUUUGGCGGUAAUGAUUCGCACUCUGGUAGUAAGAUGAAGGAUUCAGUCCAGAUGUCUGCAGGCCAUAUUGUUGUUUUGUCCAUCGGGAUCUUCCUGACCUUUGUUCUCAUGGUUGUGCUUGGAAAGAGACUAUUUGAUGGAUGGCAGAGACGCCAUUACAGCAAGUUGGACUACUUGAUUAACGGAAUGUAUAACUGACAUGUGUUUGAACCGCAGUGAAUGCAAAAUGUAAAGGCGUCCAAAAUGCUAAGUCAUAAUUAGAUUUCUUUCAUUCAUAGGCUCACACAUAUUUGCGUUGCAGAUUUGUCAAACAUUUUCUAUUGAAGGCAUAUUUAAGUCUUUCAAUCGUAAGAAAGCCACAUAAAUGCACCUUUUCUGAUAUAAACUUACCGUUCAUCUCCAUAUUUUAUUUAUAACAUAUGAAGACAUAUCACAACUAUUGCUUUUCUUUCCAUAUUUUGUAUACCAUCGAACACCUUUCGUGUUUGCAUGUUUAUAACUGCUACAAUAUUUAAUCAGUAUGGCAUACAAAUACUGACUAACCAAAAAUCAAUAUAAAAUUAUGUAACUUAAUUACGUUUAUAAUGAUGACCAAUUUAAACGACAUUUUAAUAAAAAAGUUACUUUUUAUGAAAAUCAUCACACAGCAAAUAUGUUAUGUGAAGUUUAAAUGUUUCAAACAUUUUAAUCCAUCUAUUUUACGACUUGUCGGAUAAAAUAACUGAAUAAGAUCAUUAAAAUUCGUAUAAAUCAUUCACGAUGUGACCUUUGUACCAGAUAUCCCAAUAUUUGUCGAAUUGGUCAAGCAGUUUUUAUAUGUUUUAGUUUUUACAGAAUCAAUUGUUCUUUUGUAAAAUAAGUUAACUGAUUACAUUUUUUUACACCAUGGACUUUGAUGAACUUUGAUUAACAAAUUCAUACAGUUAUAUAAUUCAUACGCAACAACCGAUUAUUAAAUUAGCCUAUUGUUAUUGUAACAGCUAUCUUAAGCUUGUGAAAAAAAUAUUUUUUUCGUAUUUUGGUACAUAACAUGCAUGAAGAAAAUGUUUAAAUAAU